AUGGCAGUCAUGACUUUCGACCCCAGAGAGCAAGUUCUCCAACUGCUGCGUCGCAGCACCUUCACCAUCCCGGACCUUAAGGAAUGCUUCCGGGACUGGCCUGUCGCAUGCAGCCCGCACCUGGACCAGAUCCGCAAAGACGUCCAUGCCUGGCUAGAAGAGACUCUCGGCGAGGGUAGAGCACUCAAGAUCUCCAAGCGCGCAGACUUCGGCCUCUUCGGCGCCACCGAAUGGCCCUACGCCAGCUACGAGCGGUGCCGGAUCGCCUGCCUCUUCUGCGCCUGGGUCUUCACCUGGGACGACGAGAUCGACUCGUCCCUGGGCUCCAUGGGCGACGACCUCGAGAGCGCGCAGACGUACCGCUUCGAGACGAUCCAGUUCGUCAAGGAGACCCUCGGCCUCUGCCCCCCGAGCCCGGCCGGACCCCCCUCCAACAAGAUCAUCCGCAACUUCCAGGUCGUCGGCGACGCGCUGCGCGCCGCCUACUCGCUCCCCCAGCGCCGCCGCUUCUUCGCCGAGGUCGACCGCUUCAUGCAGGGCACCGAGGACGAGCAGCGCCGCCGGCUGCUGUCCCGCGACCUCCCCACCCUCGCCCAGUUCUGGGAGUACCGCCUCGGCUCCAGCGCCGUCAACAUCUGCACCGCCCUCAUCGAGUACGCCCACGGCGACACCCACACGGCCCUCCCCGAGCCCGUCUGGGCCGACCCGGACCUCCACACCGUCCUGCGCAACACCAACAUCCACCUCUCCGCCCUCAACGACCUCUACUCCCUCAAGAAGGAGGUCGCCAACGACGCCGUCGAGUCGCUCGUCCCCAUCCUGCUCGCCAACGCCGCCGUCCCCGACCUCCCCGCCGCCGUCGCCCACGUCGCCGCCUUCGUCGCCGAGCGCUCCGCCGAGCUGGACGAGUGCGCCGCCCGCCUGCUCGAGCGGUAUCCCGAGUGCGCGGCGGAUCUGCGCCGCUUCGUCGACAACUGCCGCUGCAUGUGCACCGGGAACCGCACGUGGAGCCUCAGCACCGGCCGCUAUGGCAUCUCACAGCGCGACGUCAGUCCCGCGGAUGGGUCUAUCUUUAUGGAUCUGGCGGAGCUGUGUGCCAAGGGCGAGCCGGAGAGGAGGCCUGGCAGCCCCGAGGAAAUGGGGUGUUGA